CCUCCAGACAGGGAGGUACCCUACACUAAUAGAAUUUGUUAUUUCUAUAGAAAUAUCCAAAGGGCAUACAAUAUAAUUGUUUGCUAAAGGAAGUUUUCUUAAGAGAGCUAACUCAAUAAGUCACAAUCAGUCUUGUUUGAAUGUUCAAACUGCGAAAGAUGGAAAGGAAUUAUACUUUCACUGGAGAUUUCAGUCCUGAGGCAGUAGCAGGAGUUCUUAGUAUUGAGAUGAUACUAGCUCUCAUAGCUAAUGGUGUUGUACUAGUCAUUACUAUUUAUCAAAGGAAGUCCUGGAAACAAUCAUCAACAAUAUUCUUUACUUCUCUCAUACUGGCACACCUUGUAUUGACACUCUAUCUUCCUUUCUCCAUUGCUGCAUUAGCUGCUCGUGAAUGGAUCAUUGGUAGUACUGAUGAGGAGAAGCAAGGAACCUGUGAUUUCAUUGGUUUUAUUGUACAAUUUAGUGCUUAUGUCAUGUACAUGACUCUAAGUCUCAUAUCAAUCGAUCGGUUCCUUUUUAUUGUAAAGCCUCAUCUCCACAAGCGGUUCAUGAGUCCAAGGGUAGCUCUGGUCCUUGUCAUUAUUGUGUGGAUAGUUAAUGCUGUCUUUUUCUCUUCAGGAUUUAUCAAUGGAUCUGGUAUCUGGUAUUAGUACAUAGAUAAUCUAGGACUCUGCUUUGCAAACACUACCAGUCCUAUAAUGGCUGCUACUCGUUUUUCAAUGACAAUGAUUAUAUUAUGUAUCAUUAUUAUCACUUCAGUUUGGACGUUUUGUUUCACUCGUAAGUUUAUUAAUAAUCAGUCAAUGAUAGUAGGAGAGAGUGUCUAUGCUUCAAAGAAGAAGAGGUUGUUUGGGAUAUUUGGAUCAAUGAUACUGGUCUAUGGAAUAUGCUUUACUCCUGCUACAUUUCUGGCCGCGUUUUUAGUGAUUAUUGGUCCUCCUAAUCAGCUCAUCAUUUCUGCUCUUAUACUGUUUUUCCUGGCCAUUAUCCUCAGUCCAGUUGUUCAGUCAUACUUCAGGCCAGAAAUUAAUAGUGUUAUUGUUAAUAUCAUUUGUGAUAAGAUUGUGCAUAAACCUGAUCAUAAUUUAACAGUCAAGCAUGAUUCAUCAUGCACAAAUACUGUUUCCUUUGAUUCCUAAAAUUUAUUAUUUUUUGACACUUUGUUAGCACCUCAAGGUGUGAAUGCAAGAGUGAACAAGAAUAU